AACAAAUCUCCAUGCCUAUGUUCAGGGCAUCUAGUUGAGGCAUGGAGAAAAUGUAUAGACAAAGUUCAAAAGCUCAGCAGAAGGAAAUGGAGAUUUUAAAAACUAUGACUGUCCCACCAGUCAGGUCACUGCUAGAGAGUGUCCCCCCAAGUCAAGCAGUACUCACGGCCUACAUAGAUGACCUUGAUAAUCAUCUGGAAGAAAAUAGCCGCAAGAUGGAUGAGUGUCUUCAUGACAUCUUGAGAACAUGUAACAACUUACCAGGAAACAAGCAGUUCAGCAGUCCUAAAGAGGCCAUUAACAAUGUAAUCAGUACACACAUCAUAGAGAAGGACUCCUGUUACGAUCCUGAGGCAGAGGAUGUCCUUACUAUUCUCAGUCAUGUGAUAUCUGUUCUAGAAAACCAUCCAGGCAGUGAAGAAAAGCUGUUACAGGAUCUCCUUUCAUUGUCCUCCAAUGAGGGAUUGUCUUUGCCCUGUAAAUCCCACCAGGGAUCUAAUCCCAUGCAGUCUGUCACCUCAGUCAAUGCAGUAAGUGACAAUUUGGAAUUGCAGAUAGCUCAGCAGUGGGAUCAGAUCUCACUUCACUUCCGUCGCUACUUUACAGACAAGUUGCAGAAGCUCCCCAUCGACAGUACCAAGCCAGAUUUAGAUCUUUUUGAAGGGAAACGAAUUGAGUACAUCCACAGUCUUUUGGCUCUGUACUCCUCAGAUGAUAUCCUAAUUAAGUAUCAGACGUUGAGAUCCCAGCAAUUGGAGCGCUGCUUUGAGACUCUGCUGCCUGAGAUAGACUCUGAGCAGUACAGUUCCAUGGAAAUUACCAAAAACUGCAGGGAGCUAUCAGAUAUCAUACUGAAUAUGAUUGAUGAAGAUUUUGUGAUUUUUAACUCUGGAAUUUUUAAGAAGCCUUUCAAUACUGCUAGGGCUAUGCAUGACAUGUACUUGGAGAAGUUUUCAGAUGAGAUGUCAGCACUUGUGGAAGAUAUAUGGGAAGAUAUUGAAGAUAUUGUUAACAAGCCUAGAAAAAAUUCAAAAGAUCAGCUGACCUCUAAUCACUCCCAUAAUGCCGAACAAGAUGUACCUGAUGAAAGCAAUUCUAGUGAUUCAAGUCUCCCUAGAAUUUACAUGGAAUCCAUUUUAGAUGUGGUCACCUCUGUGUUGCACAUAGAAGAACAUGUAGAAAUUUUGCUGAGAUGUGCAGCCUGGGAUCCUGCUGGUGUGUCCAGUAAAAGGGUCAAGCGGAAAGGCAGUCUUAGAGGUGUGUUAAAGACAAGCUCCAGUCCUGAGAUGCAGAGAAGACCCCUCAGUUACACCUCAGAUGACUUGUCUUUUAGUGAAAACUUCAACACCUCCUUUGGAUCCAUGCCCUCAAGUCUCUCUGACAGUACACCUGCCCCCAAAGUUGUGGAGAGAACCCGGGGUGAGGAGAGACUGAGAUGGGAAUGGAAACUGAUGUUUAAGAAGAUAGCUCCAGAUCUGUCUAAGUAUGUGGGGCAGCAGGUACGGAACCUUCUGAAGACAACUCUGGACUCAGAGCUCAGAGACUGGACUCAGAUGGGGGUUCUCCACACUGAACCUGUACCACAGGAAUUGUGGGGAGGCAAGCUGGAUUACCCAAAAUGCAUUUCUAAGUCAGUAUCAGACUUCAUGACCGAGCUAGAUUUUCUACUGCCUUUCGCAAGGGCUGGCACAGAUGGUUCUAUCUUAAACUGUGUCAGGUUGGCCUAUGUGGAUGCUAUCAAUCUCUGUUUACAAAACUUCCAUGUUCAUCUCACAAAGUUGUGCAGUAAUAUCCCUCGGAAUGCCCCCAUGCAGAGCCUCUAUAUUCUAUUGGCUAGUUCUGUGUACAUCAAAAACCACCUACAACACUACGAGGUGGUGCUUACAGGAGAGGAGAGCAGCAAGAAACUUUUUUCUGCUCUGCAUAAGAAUUACUUGGAAUUGGUGGACUCCCUGUACAAACUGACUGUAGAGAUCCAUAAUAACUACAUGGCCACUAGUGUUCUUCAGGACAUGGAAAGUUACAAUUGGAAGGAUAACAAAGAAUUCCAGGAGGGUGAGCGCUGCUCCUUUCCUGUACAGAUGUGGAACUACCACAUGCGAGGACUCCGUCAUGACUUAUGGACCAUUUGUCCGCCAUGUCUCUCUCAGGAUUUAUUUGGACAGGUGCUUCAAAACUCCAUACAGAUUCUUUCACAGCGAUACUCUCAAUCCAAGCCAAGCUAUCGCAGAACUUCUCAGUUCAGAUCUGACAUCAUCACCAUUUUGCUGUGUGCCAGUGAACUGCUUUUCCCAGCAUGCAAUUCAGUUUCCAUGUACCUUGACCCGGGAUCAUCCCAGCUCCCUCACUACAGCAUACACAACUUUUGCUCCACCCUUCUAGCAGAUAUGGCCAUUGUGGCUUCACCCCUUGAUAUACUUUACAAGAUUUAUAAAAGAGGUUUCCAUGAGUUGCCUGAACAGCCUCUUUCUGGAUUGUCAUCUCCUACAGCAAAGGUCAUGGGUUCCAAUACCAACUGGUUGUCAUGGAUACAACCAACCAUUUUUCAGACUGGACAUAAACACUACUUUGAUAUGAGAACAACCACUGCCUUGUAUUUUCACUGCAAACUGCUUUUAUCCCAGCCGGAGAUUGAUUGGUCAAAAGUGCUGCAGGCUGUCAUCAUGAAGGAUUUCACUCUUCCCAUUUUGUUUCUGACUCAAAGUGUAACAACUGACUCUUCAUCAAAUGGAAACACUGACAGCAAUCUUAAUCGAGAGAAAGUUUGUGAGACAUUUGCUGUCAUCACCAAAGUUUUGACACAGUGUCCCCAUUUUAAGGAGUCUGUGGCUAAAGUUCUUGUGCCGGUUAUAAACAGGUGCAAUGAGUGGAAGCUGUUGGACACUAAGACACAGAUAGGACUGGAGUCUGUUGUCCCUGUGUGGAUGGAGACUGUCUUUACACUGUUAGAUCCAUUCAUCCACAGCAUAUUGAAGCAACUACUAGUUUCUGUGGUUUUGGAUUCUAAUACUGGUCCACCCAUCCGUCCUAUUAUGUCUGUAUUGGCAGAUCUGCCAUGUGGAUGUAGACCACAGUUCUCAGCUCCGUACAAAUCCAAAACUUCAGAAAGUGAGAAGGAGGCAAUGGAUGCAUUGCUGCGGCAGGUGGUUGGAUACAUGGCAGACAAUGUCUACUCCAUCCCUAACACUGUGUGUAUCCUCCUAAGAGCUCUACAGGAACACUGUACAGCCAAUAACAUUAAAACACCACACCACUGUGCUGGACUCAAGAUUUUAGGCACCUGCCUGAGAAGGAGACUACAAGACAAGGGUUACCUGGAGAGAAUUACUGGCCUCACUUUAAAUCACAAACAGGUUGAAGAUCUGAAGUCUCUAGCGGACUGUAUUUAUUAUGUACUUAUCAACACUAAAGCUAAAAGCAAUGCCACACCGAAGCUGGGUGGAAAAUUCUGCAAGGAAAACAAAGAGUGGGUUCACUCUAAGAUCCAAACCAUAACGGCCUACCUUAACAAUGUGAUUUUUGAGAUCAGUGACCACACUAUAUUGGAGGGUGCUACCAAUGAGUACAUGAAACAACUGUUUACACUAGCUGCCAGUAACAUUCUGGAUUCUCCUACUGGACAAGCUGAUUUGACCUGUUUGUAUGGUCUGAUUGCUAACAACUUUGCCUGGCUGGAGCGACAGUUUGAUAUCCAGUUUGUUCUGCCUCCAUAUGUAACAGAAGAUGCUCCACAAUUCACUCUGAGAAUGGAGGUUGAUCACCUGAAAGAGUUUGACGCUUGUAAAGAGUAUGAGAUGAUUGGAACCAGAAAAUUUGAUCAUGCCACAAUUGAAACUUACAACAUAAACUGGCAGGAUCUUCUGUCAUCUGACUUGGGGAUCAGUGAAUUUGGAUUCCGCUCUCUUCUGUACAACCGCCAUGAGAUGCAGGAUGGGGCUUACUUAGAGGAACAGGAAAAGAAACCAGUAGAAACACUCAAGUCUGUGUACGAAAACGAACCCAGGGAGUUAGUAUAAAUCCUGUGUAUGAAAACAAACCCAGGGAGUUAGGAUAAAUUCUGUGUAUGAAAAUGAGCCCAAGGAGUUAGGAUGAAUUCUGUGUAUGAAAAUGAACCCAGGGAGUUAGGAUAAAUUCUGUGUACAAAUACAAACCCAGAGAGUUAGGAUAAAUUCUGUGUAUGAAAACGAACCCAGAGAGUUAUGUGUAGGAUAAGUCCUUUGUAGGAAAAUGAACCCAGGGAGUUGGGAUAAAUCUUUUGUAAGAAAAUGAACCCAGGGAGUUAGGAUAAAUUCUGUGUAUGAAAACAAACCCAGGAAGUUGGGAUAAAUUCUUAUUAUGGGAGUUAAUAUAAAUCUUGGGUAUGAGAAAGAAUUGAGGAAGUUGCAAUGAUAUACUAUUUCUAAACCGAAUAUAUGUAUUCAUUAUAACUACUUAACAGUUAUAUAAGAUUUACUUUUAAUAGUAUAAAUUUGUUCCUGUAGGAUUGUUUUUUGAUUUUGCUAAUCUCAAAUGUUGAAAAGACAAAUAAACAUAUGUUAUAUAAUACAUAAUCAAAAUAUUGUCCUCUUCCUGUAUAAAAAAUAUAAAGAAAAUGAAGUCAAUAUAUUCAUAAUCUUUACUAAGGAGUCAAUCAUUUCCCAAUGCUCAUGAUUUCUGAAAACUGAAUUUGUAUUUAGCUCCCUUUAGCAAUAUUAUAGAAAGCUUAUGUUACCCCUUGCAUCAGCACUUUAGGCAUUCCUAUUCCAUUCUUACUGGAGCUCAAUGUAGACAGCUUGCACAGAUGAUAUAUGUACAACUAUGGAUGCUUAUAACCAGGUUUGCUUUGAAUGCUACAUUUUACAUAGUUUUUUGCUGGAUGACCAAAUUACAGAGGUCAUUUCUUUCAAAAUAAUGCCCCACAAGCUAUGUUGAAAUAAACAUUUCAAUUAUUAAUUACACAUCUUUUUAAAAAUUGUAAACGUUUAUAAAGUAAGAUUUUAUAUGAGUGAGCAGAGAGGGAUAAUGUGACGAUGUUUGAAAAACUUGCGAUAAUUUUUGGUGGUUUUAUUUUUUUGGCUUAGAUUAGAAAUAUUUAUAUCUAUACUUAAGAAAUUUAACCCUUUACAUGUACAUUUAUUCAGUAAAAGUUGGAUGAUGGAUAAUGAAAUCCUUGACUAAUAUGUUACAGGUGUCACGAUAGUAAAGUGCUAGUACAAGUAAAUUGUGCUCACACCCUGAUAUUUUAGAUAGGCUGUACUUAUGAGCUUGACAAGUUUAUUUUCUGAGAUGUGACCUUUUUGUAUUCAGAUAUAUAGAUUUAUUAGUGUGAUAAAAUUACAGAUGUUUCUUUGAUAAUGUGUCAUGCAGAUGUAGGUAUUUAUUAAGCAUGUAAUAGUGAUGAAUACAUGUAUGUAUAUAUUCACUAGACUGCUUCUGUGUCAUCUUUGCUGGCCAAGUGUUUCUGAUCCUCUCCACUCCUUACAUGUUCUUUGACCUAUCAAACUAUUAAAAUUGGAAGCAAUUGGUGUUGAUGCUUCUGUGUGGGAAACUUCUCAUCAACCUGAGAACAAAAAUAGCUUUUUCCUGUGUGCCCCACUUCCUCAUCCUUCUUUCCUGUGAAAAAAAAAUGCUGAUGUUAAUGUUUGAAAGAUUUUUUCUUUAGUAUUUUACCCCCAAUGUAUAUAGUGGAAAUCUGCAAAUGGCUUUGAAAUAGCUUACUUAUAUAUCUUGUAAUCCCCCCCCCCCCCCCCCACACACACACAUACACACACACAAAUAUGAUUGACAAAGAUGUUUUGAUACAAUUUGAUACUUGUACCCUUCAAAAAAAUUUGUAUAUUUAUUAAUGUAAAAUAAAAGUGCUCAGGAUUUUGUACAUAAAUUACAUAAAACACAAACUCUAGUCAAAAUGUUUACUCAGAAUUCCCUCUGAUGAUAUUUUUACUUCAUUUUAAUAGGUGUUGUCAAAUUUUGUACCAGUGGCCCCAGCAAUAAGAAAGCUAUGUUUUAAAUGUUUGUUCUUCACAAUGAUGUGUUGUAUUUUUGGCUAGGUGUAUACUAGAGUAUACAUUUUAUCUUUCAUAUUUAUUUUUCCCAGUUGCAAGUGCCGUCCAUGACUUUAUUUUUUCCUCAAUUAUGCAGUUUAGUUUUAGAUCUAUAUUUGUGUAACACAUAUACAUGUAUGUAUUACUUUAGUGUAAUUUAUGACAGUUGUUAAGAGAAUUUCUGCAUUAUAACAUUACAAUUUUUAAAAAUUCCUAUGUUACAGAAGGGUCUAUGA